GAGGCUCUGUUGUGCACGGGCCCGGAAGUUGUUGGGAUACGGAUUCCCAGGUAUAAAAAAAAGGAGGGGAGGCGGGUGGGGGGAGAGAGGGAAAAAAAUCCCGGAGAUGCUGUCGUCGCUUGGGAAAACAAACGGCCAUCCAGACAAUUAGAGAGGGAAGCAGCGAUCGGUCGCCAGGUAAGGAGGAGGCUCGCGCCGCAGCGCUCGGUAAGCCAUCGGGGAGGAUGUGGGAGACACAGACGGCAUGUUUUUGAAUAGUUGGGUAAUACCGUUUGUCGUGUGGUCGGGUGCCAUAGCAACGGAUCGUGAGAACCGCUGUAGCCCGCAGCUCGGGUCAGUUUGACGUGCUCGGCGUUGGAUGACAGCUGCGUUCGUUGCAACUCCUGCAACAAAUUGCCUCCCCCCGCGCGCGUCUGGCCGCCGUCUGGAGCGUCCAUGAGCUUAAAGGUGUCAUAGCGGAGCAAAUCCACCGCGCGGCUCAGACAAGUCGCCAUGGAUGGAACGCCGGCGAGGCACGAGGACUCUUCAGAAAUGUGCAUUUGAUGUCACGCGCGCGCGACCUGCUGCUGAGGGGGUUUAAAGGAUUUCAGUUUAGUCUUUUUAUUAUUAUUUGUUUUUAUUUUUGGAAACCCUCGUGUGACUGGCGCGUCUCCCGGCUCCAUCAGCGCCUGUUGCUCUCCAUGCACGGCCAAUGCCAGGAUAUUCAUUUUCCCUUGGAUGUGUUGUCUCCGCCCCUAAAGUCUCCUAUGUCCACUGCUGUCAUCCAUUUAAGCAGAAGGCAUCUGGUGAGAUAAUGAAUGCUGAUGACUGCAAUGGUCGCUCAUAUGCAAAAGGAAAUGGAGGAGAGUCAUCAGCUGAGCAGGACUUUUAUGGCGUCUUGCAGGGCCCUUCCACGAAAUCCCCCAGCAGUCGGCAGUCCUCACCGCGCCGCUCCCUCAGUGCAAACUCCAUCAAGGUUGAGAUGUGCAGUGAUGACGAGUCAUCAGGUGCUCCCCAGCCAGAGAUCAAAGACGCCGUGAGGGUCGACGGUGGGAAAGAUGACCGACGGGACCCCACGGAGGAGGGGGCUUCGGAGUUUCCCGGCGUGAGAAGAAACAGGGCGAACAUUUACAACGACCUGACCAGUCCCAAUUCCACCUCACCGGGGCCGAUUCGGCUACCUAACGGCAAACUUCAGUGUGAAGUGUGCGGCAUGAUCUGCAUUGGGCCCAACGUGCUGAUGGUCCACAAGCGCAGCCACACAGGAGAGCGUCCGUUCCAGUGUAACCAGUGUGGAGCCUCUUUCACUCAAAAGGGGAACUUGUUACGCCAUAUCAAGUUACAUUCAGGAGAGAAGCCCUUCAAAUGUCCCAUUUGCAACUACGCAUGUCGACGGAGAGACGCUCUCGCUGGACAUCUACGCACGCAUGCAGUCUCUUCUCCAACGGUGGGAAAACCUUUCAAGUGCAGCUACUGCAGUCGUAGCUACAAACAGCAGAGCACGUUGGAAGAGCACCUGGAGCGCUGCCACAGUUACCUGAAGACUCUGGACCCCCAGAUGGCAAUCAACAACCAGAAAUCACAAGAGUCGAUCAAUAUGGAGACAGUUUCUAAACCGGUACUGCAGCCGUCCAGUGAGAAGAUCCACUUUGUGGAUAGACUGUCUGUUAGCAUCACCAAACGCAAGAGGUCAACACCACAGAAGUUUUUGGGUGAAAAGCACAUGCACCUUGAUCCACCGGAAGCACCUUAUGAACUGUCCUCCGGCUCAGAGAAGGAAGGGGACCUCAUGAGUUCUGCUGGAGACUCCACUGGCCUGGCAGCUUCACACCUCCACUACGUGAGCGGUAAAGGCGAGAACAACGAGUCCGCCGCUCUGUCGCAGCUCCAUCCCGGCAUCGUGGCAGAACUCCGCACAGUCGUCAGCUCCAUCAACAGCAACCUGACUCCUCACGGCCCUCGGAUGCACAGUGGAGGCGCUCUGGCCGCCAUGUCCCUCGGCCUGCCCGGGCGGGGGGAGGCAGGCGACGACCAGCCCUCGGCACACAGCCAUACAACCUCGCCCAACGGCUGUCCGGACUCCACAGACACAGAGAGCACAGCAGAGGAGCACAGCACAAGGGCUACAGCUCCUACAAGUACCUCCAACCACCACCACCUCCACUACCAAGCCCCAAUACUGCCCCACUGCCAUCCAACCUCCAGCCCCAACCAGGCCAAAGACUUGGAUACGUUAUGGGAGAAAGGGGGCCCUGUGCCUCCCUCCGUGGUAAAGAGGAGCCCCGUCUCCCCCUUUUCUCCCAGGGACACUCUGCAGGUGUUAGACAGAGCUGGCAGGUCCGUGCGCUCCUUCUACUGCCGGCACUGCCGCAUCCUUUUUCUGGACCACGUCAUGUUCACCAUCCACAUGGGCUGCCACGGCUUCCGCCAGCCGUUCGAGUGCAACAUCUGCGGCCACCCCAGCCAGGACCGCUACGAGUUCUCGUCUCACAUCAGCCGCGGAGAACACCAGUGUGACAGGCUGAGGCAGGACGGUACGAUGAAGUGAUGGAGAUGUUAGAAGGCCAUGGCCAUUGUGACGUUGGGAGCCUGUUACGCAAAGAACUGCCAUCUGCUAGAAAGGCCUGCCUGCUUGCCGCCUGGCAGCCCCGUGUGUCAAAGGUGGCCGCAGCAGAACAGACUGUGGGAACAGCCGGUUAGCCUCGCUCGGUCUCCCGCUCCCCAACCGGAGGGGCAGCCAUCAAUCCCGCGCACCCCCUGCGCACACACCCACACUGAACCAGCAACACAAGUAAACUCAUCCUCACACUAAAAUCCCACCACGCUCACACCCUCUCCCAGUAAUCCUCGGAAGCAAUUUCAUCUCGACUCGGGUGGCGGCCCAUUGUCGCCAGCCCCUUCAAUCUUUCCUUAUUAACUCUCGCUUUGUCCCGCAUCCGAGCUUCUGGACUCAUCUCUCCUACAUUCCGAUCAAUGCUGCUCCCAGCACUCCCAGGCAACCUCCAUUCGCUAAUCCCACUGCCUCCCCCACCAGCAUCAGCGCUCCGAGUAGCUCUUACUGUUUUUUCCCCCAAACCUGCCGAUCACCUACUUGCAGACUAAGGUAGGGGCUUUAACUGCGUGAGUUUUCUGAGGGCAGAGCGCAAAGGCGGGGUGGGUAAAAGAGGAGGCGGCCACAAAGUGACUCCAGCCCAAACAAUUAGAACAAUGAGCCGGGCCAGUAGGGGGCUAACUCGCUGCGUCACGCCUGGACGGUGGGGUAUUUUGUCAGUUUAAUGAAUUGUCCAUCAGGCCAGGGCCACAUCGCAGGCUGCGCAGGGAGAGGCCAGCAGGGACCCAGACACUAAGUCGGUAUUUAUUACACUGCCUUUGUCACUAAUUGAGCUAAUUAUCACUGACUCCUUAGCACUCCCACAGGUUGCACCCCCUUCAUUCAGUGUUUCCAACAACUCUCCCACCUCACUCUGAUGCCUGGGAUUUGAACUCUGCCUUCCCUCUCAUUUUUUUUAAAUUUGCCACUUUCUCCCACGUUUGCUUUUUUCUGUCUACCUAUCGAGGUCUUUUGCCCUCCUUUUUAAUCCAGACUUGUGUCAUUGUUUUCAGAUGAACAAACUCCUGACUUUUUUUUUUAAUUAAAUCUCAGCUCAUAUCUUUUCCUAGCUUCUUUUCAAAAAUCAAAGAUAGAAAAAAUGUCAUCUUUCAGCUGUUUCAGAGAGUUUAAUCCCUU